AUGGUGCGUUUAGGCUUGAGUUUUAUGCUACCUGCAGGCCAAACAUUUGGACGAAUUUCCCGGCUGUACAGACAGGCUUCUUUACACACUAAUUACAGACAUGUUGACUUGGAGAUGGAUCCUGCGUUCCAGCACAAUUGUGAUUGCGAUGUGAAGGACCUCAACAGAAGUUUAGACCGUAGUAAGCAAUUGGACACCACACUAGCCCUCCCAGCCAAAAUUCCACUCUACCAUCGGCAUGUGAUGCUUGUUUCUCCAACGGAUGCCCCUGGGCAGGACCCGUCGUGGAAGUCAGGUUGGAAAAGCAAACUAGAACUCAACCACAAGUGGCCAUAUUCGGCUAUUGGUGAGCUCAAAUCGCAUUUGAAGGGCACACACCGAGGUGAUGGGAUUUUAGUUAACGCCAUCUCUGUGACACGGGGAGAUCUACUUCGUCAGCCCCAAGUGAGCACUAAAAAGGCAAGAUUCUUGACUGUCCCUGACAUGAAAAUUUACGACGUCGAUGCCCACGAAUUAGAGGAGUUCGCAAACUUUCUUGGGGAGGGCAAGGUUAAGAACCACGGUAAACUUUCAUUCCUCACUUAUUUGAAAGGAGCUAAUGCUGCAUCUAAACUUUUGGAUGCAAGGAACGACCCGGAGGAGGGACCUCCUUUCAAAGUAUACCAAGGUCGAGACUACCAUAGAGACAUCAUUUUGGUUUGCGGUCACAAUGAGCGAGAUGAAAGAUGUGGUCUUAUUGCUCCACAAAUAAUUCAAAAACUCAAUUCUCGGGUAGAUACAGACUUGGCUAUUAUUUCACACAUUGGGGGUCACAAGUUUGCCGGUAACAUCAUUUUUUACAAGUUUCUAGGUCUCGGCUCCGGCCAAGCGGCGAAGGUGGACGGAAUUUGGUUCGGCAAGAUUCUCCCCUCAGGAGUUCCUACGUUGAUUAAUCAUUUGGAAAAGAAGGAGAUCGUUAAGCCAUGGUAUCGUGGGAGCUGCUCACUGCUAGGUGUGCCAAAUUUGUAA